UGAUUCGGAUACCUCACAACACGAGAGACCUAAUUUUUUUUUUAUGGGCGUCAAUUUUCCGGACACCCUGUAUAAAACUUUAAUUGACUCGAUUAUCUUGUAUUAUUUUUAUAAAUACUAUUUUGACGGUACAAAAAGUAAAAUAAAUAUUGGGCAGCACUGGUCAAUACGUGUACGUACUUGCUUGACAGUUACGUACCAUUUGACAUAUAACAAAUUGAAAGCUUUGGUCAGUUCUAUGCGAUUGAAUAGUUUUGUGAAUUUCCUAAAUUCGCAACAAUUUAAAAGUUUUCAUAAUAUUAUCAAAUUACCAGUUCUUUUUGACAUGUCCGCAUUGAAUUUCGCAAUAAGAAAAUGUUGGACCAAUUCGGUUUGAUGAAGAUUUUGUCUACUAUUAUUGCGUUAUCGUACCUUGUUUGUUAUCUUCAAGCAGAGGAUGUUCCACUACAGCUACCGCACUGCAAUCUUUCGAAGACUAAGGGAUCAAGCUUAAACAAUUAUGUAAUGGUGAGCACUUUGGAUGGUCGCCUUACUGCAUUUAAUCUGGAAAAUGGCACCAAAGCUUGGGUUGUUGAGACUCCACCAUUGCUGUCCUCAAACUUGGCUAGCAGUGAGUUUAGUGGUGAAAAUAGAGUGAAAUUAGUGCCUUCACUAAGAGGCAGCUUGUACACUGUACAUGGAUCAAAGAUCAAACGUUUACCAUUCAAUAUACAUCAGCUAUUGUCUGAAUCAUUUACCGAGUCUAACAAUCUCAUCACUGCUGGCGGACAUGACAUACUACGGAUAGGCAUAGACACAAAAACAGGUCGUAUUAUAUACAAAUGUAACUCUAAUGGAUGCAACAAUGAACAGCAAACAACAGAGACGGGAGGAGAUGUACUGGUACUGACUCGGCAAGCCACUGCUAUCAGAGGCCUAGACCCUAGAACAGGCAUUGAGAAAUGGAAUUUUAGCACUGCCGCACAUGAAUUGCAGAUAAGCCGUGGAGAGUGUAUUGGGGAUAGGACUGUAACCGAAUCCCCAGUGAAUAUGCACGUAUCAAUGCAUAACCAGCUGGUUACUGUCUUAAGCGGAGAUCUAAAUAAGCCGCUGUGGGAACAUAAAUUAGACGCGCCAAUAACGGAUGUAUGGGAACUUUACGACGGUAACCUGCGAAAUAGCCUGUGGCAGGAUUCUCGCUCUAGCAAUAUUAUGGGACAAAUGCUCUACGUGGGUGAUCAUCAAGAACAGUUGUAUAUUUUGGAUGAAUUUGAUCACUCUCAAAAGGACCGGAGCUUGAUGGUGGUGCCAUAUCAAUCGAGGAAGCGUUUCAUCAUUCUCGACAAAGAGAACGUGUACCUGCCUUUAUCGGACAAGUCUACGUACAUUCCGUUCCACGAGGCGGAGGACUCCAACGCCACCGAGGUCAGCGACAAGGUGAAGAAGGUGCGGUCGUGGUUAUUCGACAUCCUCACGUGCUUCACGCUGGCUUUGGCGUUAGUCUUGUUAAUAUUCCCUUUCUAUGCGAGGAUCCGAGUUAUGAUAACGAACGUCCCGCAAACUACGGUCAAUGUAGUCUUCAACGAGGACAUACCAUCGGAGAAGGAGCUCGAAGCGAAAAGACCAUCGAAUCCCGAGUAUCCCGGACGAUAUGAGAAGGACUUCACGACCGUGAGGCGCCUGGGGAGGGGCGGCUUCGGGGUCGUCUUCGAGGCGAGGAACAACAUCGACAACUGUUCGUAUGCCGUCAAGAGGAUCACUCUGCCGAGGAAGAAGGAGCGGCACGAGCGCGUGCUGCGGGAGGCGCGCGCGCUCGCCAACCUCGAGCAUCCGCACAUUGUGCGAUACUUCAACGCCUGGGUGCAGCCCUGCCUCGCCAGCCGCAGGUCGUCCGAUUGCGAGGCGAACUCAAUAAGUACGACGUGCAACACGCUCAGCCCUAAGGACGCGUCCGUCGAGCUCAAAAGUACCGCCAGCGACAACAGCUCCUUCGUCGUGUUCGCGCGCUCCGAGGGCGAAGCCCCACCGGACGGCGCCACCGGGGCCGCGCCUGAGCGUAACGACUCCACCGACAAGACGAGAGCCUCGUCCAAACGCGAGUCGAAGGACGACUUGGCUUCGUCGAUGCGGAAGUCGCAAGGUGACGUGACGUCAUCGACAGAGCAGACGGACUGCGGGCUGCGGCUGGAGCUCUACAUACAGAUGCAGCUCUGCGACCCGAACAGCCUCUACGACUGGCUGCGGAACAACCGCGACUGCCCCGACCGAUACCAGCGGGCGAAAGUGAUAUUCGGUCAGAUCGUGUCUGCGGUCGAGUACGUCCACCUUGAGGGGCUGAUCCACCGCGACCUCAAGCCCAGCAACAUAAUGUUCGCGCCCAACGGCCAGGUCAAGGUGGCGGACUUCGGGCUCGUGGCGUACAUGCACGACGCGCCCGCACUCUGCGGCGCCGCCCGCACGCCGCGCGCGCACCCGCAGCUCACGCACAGAGUCGGCACGGAAGUGUACAUGUCGCCGGAGCAGCUGCAGCGGCGCCCGUACAGCUACAAGGUGGACAUAUACUCGCUCGGCCUCAUCCUGCUCGAGCUGCUGCAGCCCUUCGGUACGGAGGCGGAGCGCGCCGCCUGCCUCACCAGGGUCCGGGACCAAGUCUACCCGGACAGCUUCGAAGAUAAAUACCCUAAAGAGACCGCAGUCCUGAAGCUGAUGCUGAACCCGGACCCGCUGCUGCGGCCGACCGCCAGCGGAGUCCGGGCCCGCGCCCCGCUGUUCGAGGCCACAGACGAGAAGUACCACUUCGAGCUGCCGCCGCGAAACUGAACCCGGAAACGAACUGACCACGAUAAAGGUACACCGUUGCUACUUAAAUAUAAUACACUAUGACAGUUAAUGUAGUUUACUGGCGGUAGGAUAUUAUUUAUGAUUAAUAAAAAUUCGACGCUUGAAAGGCAAACGUGACUAAGCGACAAUGCGUGAACUUUACAGUAGACUAAUUUAAAGUUGAAAUACCUGAAAAAAAAAUUAUUUUAACGAAUCUAGCUGUAGGAUUGAAAUGAUUUUAAUAGACCUAGAAAUAUAUAUUUUUUUUGCGCAUCGAAUAUGGUUAUUGCCUAUCAUUUCUGUAUAAAGCAGUUAUUGUCGCUUAGUCACAUUUGCCUUUCAAGCGUCGAAUCAUGUAAUUAUUAUUGUAAAACAUUUCCAAACAGAACGUUUCGUUCUAAAAAUAUUUUGUAAUACUAUUUUCUUUUUGCAUUUGUAUUAAUAUAAAAAUAAGGUUAAAUUAAUUAAAUUAGAGUUAGUUAAAUUAUAAUUAAUAUUAAAACGGCUACUUAAGUUAUUAAGCAUUAUUUAUGUCAUUUGGAAAUCCAGAGGUCCCUUUCUCGCAUAGCGAGUACUGCUAAAGGAGCUGACGUCCCGAUAUAGCGCGCUCUCUCUCUAGCAUCGGUUGAAAUCGCUCAUACCCUCUCUAUUGCCAAUCCACUUUUAUCUCACAAUAACCAGCACACUUAUUAUUAAAACAGACACUGAAAAAAUAUUAUAGAAAAUUAGAUAGAAUUUAAAAAAAAAAUCCGGCUGGUAAUGAAAGCGUACUAUUAUAUUGAAUUAAAUAAGUAUUUAAAAGAAAAAGGCUAUUUAUAGGUAUACAAAUCAAUUUAUUUCCUGAAUCGGAAAUAUUACACAAAAUAGUAUUAGAUUGGAUUUUUUUUGCGCCCUCACGGUGAAAGCGGCUUGUGGGAAUUGAAUUUAAGUUAUUUAAGUAAUUUAAUAAGCUGUUCCGAGGACCUGGUAAAAGAACUGCGUAGAUGAGGAAAUUGCCUAAUUUAAUAUUAAUUAAGUUCUUAUAUAAUUAUUUAAUGUUAGAGUUGUCGGUUCUGAAGCAGGACUAACAAGUGAGCUAAUUAAGGUUGCUUUUUGUUUAAUACAUUAUUAUAAAAGUGAGAAAACCGUAAAGGAUUUCAACAGAACAUUGUACGUCCGAAUUCCGGUUUUACGGUCUGUUUUUGGUAAUUAUUAUCAUCACUACAUAGUAUAAAACAAAGUCGCUUUCUCUGUCCCUAUAUCCCUAUGUAUGCUUAAAUCUUUAAAACUACGCAACGGAUUUUGAUGCGGUUUUUUUUAAUAGAUAAGAGUGAUUGAAGAGGAAGUUUUAUAUGUAUAAUAACAUCCAUUAAAUAGUGGAUAAAUCAAUAAUAAAUUACAGUUUCCGAAGCGAAGCUAGGGCGGGUCGCUAGUUGUGAAUAAUAAUAUAAUGAAGUAGAUUUUCAAUUAUUUUUUUAUUGCCCUUGUAGGCAGACGAGCAUACACAGCCCACCUGAUGGUGAGUGGUUACCGUCGCCCAUGGACUUCAGCAAUGCCAGGGGCAGAGCUAAGCCGCUGCCUACCGCAAACUAGUACUAAAUGGAUUCUGAUACUGAUGGCUGGUAAUGCUUAAUUUGUCUAGGGAGGGGAGCUCGUCUCUACUGGCUGAAGCUUCUGCGCUCUUUCACAUUCAGAAAAUAACUUGGCGAGUACUAUCCUGCUCUGAUAUGAGCUCCACUCCUUAGCUUACCGAGCACCUAUGUCUUCUUUCAAAGAGAUUUGAAGAGUCUACCGCGAAAGUUCUUGUUCAUGAACGAUAAUAACCGCUAACAAUCAGUAUCUGUCGUAGGGUUGUCAACCAAAUGCUUAAAUAAAUAUUAUAUUAUAGAUAGGUAUGCAACUGUGACAUGAGUCGACUAUUAUCAAAGCCGGCAAUGUGACUUUUGGACAAUUAUUGGUAAAUCAGAAAAACGAAUUAUUGACUUUGUAUUCCAUUGGCCAACACAAAACUCUUCUGAACGACAUCUUAGAUAAAUAACAGGUUAAGUAUUAACCUUUAUUUAAUGCAGGUUUUGAACCGUAUUCUUUGAAGGAGACGAUUAUAUUCAAAUCAAUCUGUAUUGACAUAUCAAUAACAUUUUUUUGUCCAAAUGCACAGAUUGCCACCUUUGAUAAUAGACGACUCACAUAACAUAUUUAAGGUAUGUUAUGAUUGGAAAUGAUUUUUUUAAUUCUGUAAAUAUUUUUGUACAAUAUAUAUAUAUUUUUAAUA